UUAAGAUCGUCAGUCGUCCUCUGGUAUGCGGUGGAGCCGAGACUUAAAAUUCCUCUACCUCGCACAUUAGGGUUUUCCUAGGGUUUCCUUCAAGCCCUAAUUAAGUUCCCAAAAUACUCAAAGAAGAAGGAAAAAAACCAGGAAAUGCCUUCUGCUACUGCCAUGGCAACCCUAUCAGCGGAAGCAAUCGCCGCUGCUGGUCGUUCAUCUGAUAAAUUGAGUCUCCAAAUUCUACAAUCAAAGAUGAAAUGUGAUCCUGAAAGUUAUGAGGCAGAAUUGCAGUUAAUUUAUCAGCAAUUCAAUUCUUCUCUUGAACUUUUCGAGCAGCAAGCAGCUCUCAGUUUCAAUUCCGUUAGUGGAAUUUCUGCUGAUCCUUCGGUUGCGAAAGACCUCGGUGAAAAAGCGUUGUUUUUGGCUCAUUUAACUCAGUUUUACUCUAAGCAGCUCUCCGGUUUUCCUAAACAGCUUGCUGAUCUUCUCCGUAAUACGGCUAGGUCGUUGUUGUCUUCUCUUCGUUGCCAACUCACUCAAGCUCUCAUCCUUUUGGUUAAUCGUAAGAUUGUUGCUAUUGGUGAGACUUUGGCAUUAUUCAUGGAACUUCAGAUUCUUGGUGAUAGGACUUUAAGGAAAUUGGCAUAUUCACAUGUCAUUCGUUUUAUUCAGCGCAUGAAUAAGAAGCACAAGGAUGAGUCUAAGAACAAACUUCUUCAGAAUAUUCUUUUUCAAAUGCUACAGCGUGAGGAGGAGCUGAUAGCAAAAAGGUCUCUUGUCACACUUUGUGAUCUUCAUCGUAGGAAAGUUUGGUGUGAUGAAAGGACUGUAAAUGCUAUUUGCAUGGCUUGUUUCCAUCCAUCAUCACGGAUCAUGAAAGCUGCUCUUUCCUUCCUUCUUGAUUAUGAGAAAAUACAAGAUGAUGAUGACAGUGAUGCAUCAAGCAGUGAAGAUGAUGGCUGUGCUCAAGAGCCUCACGUGGUUCUUAGUAGAGAGGAUGUGUAUAAGGCUCACCAUAAGGGUACAUCUUCAAGCAAAAAGAAAAAGAAAGCUAAGCUGCAGCGUGUAAUGCGUAGCAUGAAAAAACAGCAGCGCUUGAGUUCUGAGAAAACAAGUCCAAAUUAUUAUUCACCUUUAACGAAACUGAAAGAUGCACAGGGAUUUGCGGAGAAACUGUUUUCUCGACUUCAAAGCUGCAAUGAACGUUUUGAGGUUAAGAUGAUGUUGAUGAAAGUUAUUGCUCGGACAAUUGGGCUUCACCAAUUGAUUUUGCUGAACUUUUAUCCCUUCCUUCAAAAAUAUGUGCAGCCUCAUCAACGUGAUAUAACUAAUCUACUUGCUGCAGCCGUGCAGGCCUGCCAUGAUAUGGUACCACCUGAUGCUGUUGAACCUUUAUUUAAGCAGGUUGUGAAUCAGUUUGUGCACGAUCGUUCGCGUACAGAGGCAAUUUCUGUCGGACUGAAUGUUGUUAGAGAGAUAUGUCUGCGCAUGCCUUUGUUGAUGAACGAGGAUUUGCUACAAGACCUAGUGUUGUAUAAGAAGUCACAUGAAAAAGCGGUUUCUAGUGCUGCUCGCUCCCUUAUCACUUUGUUCAGAGAGAUCUGCCCUUCAUUGCUCAUCAAAAAAGACCGAGGAAGGUCUACUAAUCCAAUGGCUAGACCAAAAGAAUAUGGAGAGGUAAAUGUUGCAACUGGCAUCCCUGGUGCUGAACUAUUGCAGGAAGAUGAGGAGAUUUCUGAUGGAGAUAGCGACUUGGAGGGAAAUUGCUCUAGCAGCUCUGACGAAGUAGAGAAAAAUGAUGUGGAGGAUGAUGUGGGUGACAAUGCUGAUCAAAUAAGUGACUCUGACAAUGAGGAUGACACAAUAGAUGAAAUUGGUGCUAAGUUUGAGGAUGAUGAUGAGGAUGAGAACAGGACUACUAAUGGCGAUGAUUGUAGUGAUGACGAUGAUCGUAGUGAUGACAUUGUAAGUGAUUCAGAUGACUUGGAGUCAUGUAGCUCAAGUGAUUCGGAUACUAGUGAUGUAGAGGGUGAUGAUAGAAACGGAGCAAGGAAGAGAAAAUUUACCGAUUUUGAUCACCAACUGGAUACUGCUAAAGUUAGUCUUAGAGCUUUGAAAAAAUUAACUGCAGCAAAGUUUGAAAACUCACCAGAAACUGAUGAUUGCAUCUAUUCAAAUGAGGAUUUCCAACGAAUAAAAGAAUUACAGGCAAAGAAGAAAGCAAGAUCUGCUUUGGCACAACAUGGGUUGAUAAAAGGCUCAAAUUCCAAAUCAGCUACUAUUAAGGUCCCUUCUUCAGUUGAUUUAAGUCUCAAGCCACUUGACCCUGAUAAACUUAGAGCUAACAUUCGAAGAAAGAUGACCAAGGAGCAAAGAGUGGCGUUAAUGAAGGCAGGGCGAGAGGAAAGGGGAGAGUACAGGUCCAAAACUGCUGUGAAACAGAAAAAGAAGGGUGGUCUAAGCAACAGACAGAAGGAGCAUAAGAAGUUCAUGCCUAUUGCAGCAAAACGAGGCAAGAUAGCUAGAAGUAAGCAAGAGAAAAAGAUAAAACAAGCAAGGUCGAGCAAACAGUUUCGUGGGAAGAAGGCAUGGAAGUGAUUUUCUAGACAAAAUCUUGUGGGUGCUUAUAUUGAAGGAGUUGUUCGGAAAGGAUGGAAAAGACUCGAAGGCUUGUACUGGAACUCAAAAUACCGGAUAAGAUGCUACAUUGAUUUGUUCCUCGUGAGUUGGCAAAAAUCUCUUCAAAUGCGUAUGGUUCCAUGGCUGCCUGCAAGUGUAAUCUUUAUUAUGACCAUGAAUACCUUGCCUACUGUCAAUAGUACACACCAUCUUUCAGCUGAACAGGAAAACAUUCAGAAACAAGAAGAAGCUCAACAAGAAGUGUGAGCAUUGUGAAUUGAUGGAGAUUCUGAUCCAUUAUUAUGUUGAGUAAUCUAUGAUGCUGUAGUGGAGGCUGGAUUUAUGAGACAUCAUUGAUGAAUUCGGAGGCUGACUGUUCUUGACGUUCACCAAAACGAUUUCGAAAUCGGUUUGUAGUAUUUUAGAUUGAGCCUUUUCCAUCUUAGUUUAGUCUUUAGUCUUUUGUUUAUUUCGAAUUAAGUAAUGGAUUCUAAAUCCUAGUCUUGACUAGAAUCUUAGUUGAAUAAAGUUUCUUCAUCACUUGAUUUUUUAUUUACUAGAAUUAAUACUACCUCCUAUUCAGCUGAAUUGUCCCAUUUUUUUUUUGGCACUAUUCACUUAUCACUCUUAAUUUGUGUUUUACUCUUAAUCUAUAAGUUAAAACAUAGUCAUAUGGGAUCUUGUUUGAUUCGUCUCAAUACAAGGAUUAUUAAUAUCAACUUUUUAUAAUUUUUAAUUAAGCAUAAUUUGAGAUAUUAAGAGUUAAAAUGUUGCCUCGGCAAGUGUGAAAAGUCAAAUGGGACAGUUCAGCUGAAUAGGAGGGAAUAUAUAUCUAGAAUGUAAACCUUUGCCCUUCCUUUGGAGGGGUACGGGCUUUCUGUUACCUUUCUCUCUCAGAUUCGGAUUUUAUGCAAAAAUAUUGGGUUGAUGACUAUGAUUAAUAUAAAUUUAUAUUGUUUUGAGUCCGUAUUUUCAUUCAAGAGCUGCAUUAAAAUUUGUUAGUAUUGUGGAAAAUGAGUGUGAAGGAAGUGAGCUAAGAGAAGUCACUUGUGAGGUAUAAGUUUGGGAUUCUGAUAUGAGGAAUAGAAGAAGAGCUUAAUCGAUCCAAGGUCUUAAAAAUUUCAAACUUUAAAAGGCAGUAGG